GUUUGGUCUGCUCAUGGCGGGAGAGGGCGGGAGUGUCACGGGGUCUUGCUCUCAGGCCUCGGGCGUGUCGCCGGGCAGUGUCAAAGCGCUGGGGUGGGCUGGCUCUAGGCCCAGCGCUCGCUCAAUGGCUGCAGCCUGGCUACCGGGGAGCGCUGCUCGCCCUGCCGGUGUGUGAGGGGCCGUGUGCCCGGGGACCUGGCUCUGGGCGCGCGGAGAGGAUGAGGGGGCGGUGCGGAAAAGGGGCCCGGAUGGGGGUGCUGGCGGCUCUGGUGCUGCUGCUGGCUUCCACCCGCUGGGAAGGUGCGAAGGCGCGUCCUGUGGCCUGGGGACACCUCGGCGCUGGCAGCAGCCAGAGGGCGCGCAACGUAGUGAUGGUGAUGUGCGAUGCCUUUGAUGGAAGGUUGACAUUUUAUCCAGGAAAUCAGACCGUGAGCCUACCUUUUAUAAAUUUCAUGAAAAGAUAUGGCACGGUUUUUCUCAAUGCCUACACCAAUUCUCCAAUAUGCUGUCCUUCUCGUGCAGCUAUGUGGAGUGGCCUCUUCACUCAUUUAACAGAAUCUUGGAAUAACUUCAAAGGUUUAGAUCCAAAUUAUACAACAUGGAUGGACCUGAUGCAAAAGCAUGGCUACCGAACUCAGAAAUAUGGGAAACUAGAUUAUACUUCGGGACAUCACUCAGUGAGUUGCUAUCUUUGGAGAACCAUCUGUCAGCAAAGGAGUAACCGUGUGGAAGCUUGGACAAGGGAUGUUGAUUUCCUGCUCAGACAAGAAGGCAGACCCAUGGUGAAUCUUACUGGCAACAAGACAUUUGUGAGAGUAAUGGAAGAAGAUUGGCAGAAUACUGAUAAAGCAGCAAGUUGGAUAAGGAAAGAAGCCACUAACUUUAGUCAACCAUUUGUUCUUUACUUGGGAUUAAAUUUACCACAUCCAUACCCGUCACCCUCUACAGGGGAAAAUUUUGGGUCCUCUACAUUUCUGACAUCUCCCUAUUGGCUUGAAAAGGUGACGUAUGAAGCCAUUAAAAUUCCAAAAUGGCCUCCUCUUUCAGACAUGCACCCAAUAGAUUAUUAUUCUUCUUACACCAAGAAUUGCACUGGACAGUUUACAAAGAAAGAAAUCAGAGAUAUCAGAGCAUUUUAUUAUGCUAUGUGUGCAGAGACGGAUGCCAUGCUUGGUGAGAUCAUUUCAGCUCUAAGUGAUACAGGACUUCUUAAAAGAACCAUUGUUCUAUUCACAGCAGAUCAUGGAGAACUUGCUAUGGAACAUCAGCAGUUUUAUAAAAUGAGCAUGUAUGAAGCAAGUUCCCAUGUUCCUCUUCUAGUUAUGGGGCCAAGCAUUAAAGCUCAUCAUCACCUAUCAAAUGUGGUAUCUCUUGUAGAUAUUUAUCCAACUAUGCUUGAUAUAGCUAGAAUUCCUAUCCCGCAGAAUCUCAGUGGAUAUUCCUUGAUACCAUUGUUGGCUGAAAUGGCAGAAGAUGAAGUCUCAUCCAGAAGGCUGCACCCCACAUGGGUUCUGAGUGAAUUUCAUGGAUGUAAUGCGAAUUCUUCCACCUAUAUGCUUCGAACUGACAAAUGGAAAUAUAUAGCAUAUUCAGAUGGGCAUUCAGUACCUCCUCAGCUCUUUGAUCUGUCUGCUGAUCCAGAUGAACUGACAAACAUAGCCACAACAUUUCCAGAAGUCUCACAUUCCUUGGACAAAAAGCUUCGCUCCAUAGUAAACUAUCCAAGAAUCUCUGCCUCUGUGCACAAGUACAACAAGAAGCAAUUUAUCAGCUGGAAACUAAGUUUGGGACAGAAUUAUUCCAAUGUUAUAGCUAAUCUCAGAUGGCAUCAGGACUGGUUAAAAGAACCAAGAAAGUAUAAAGAUGCAAUUCACAGGUGGCUCCAAAUGAACACUAAUGAAUAAAGUAAGUGCAACAAGGGAUUAUUGACUGCCCUUAUAGUAACAAUUUCUAUUAAAUGAGCACAAUGACCGCACUCAGGAAAGGAAUAUAUGCAGUUGUAAUUGCAAUACUAUAUAAUUCAUAACAUCACAAUUUGUUUGCUAAUUUAAGAUAGCAAUCCAUGGAAAUAAAGCUUACGCAAGCUUUUAUAUCCGUGUUAGCAAGUUAAAUAUGUUUGUUUCAUAACUGACCACGAUACCAAACCUAGCUCCCAUCAUGUAAAAUUUCAUAUUUUUUAGGUGUUAAUCAGCUUUUAAGGAUACAUGGGAAGGAAAGUACACAUAUAUAUGUAUAAAUUGCUUUGUAUAAAAUAUUGUGUAUUAAGAAAAUACAGAAUGUAUUAGCCAAUUAAUAUUUAAGCAACAAAAUUCAAAUGAGAUUUUGCAUGUGUAAGGACUAAUUAAAAACUGAAUAAAGACCUCAGGAUUCAGUCCAGUGGGAUACAGAUUAUAGUGAAAUAUCCUAGCACCCAGAUAGAUUUUAAAAUAAUAAUGAAAAAGAUUCUCCGACCCCACACCCACACCAGAAAGGAUGUAGAGCAUCAAAAAAGGGCAAUAACUAGUUUUGGUCUGAACAAAAAUUCUGAGGCUAUGGUAGGUACCUGAAUAGACAUAUAGCUGGGGGGCCUGAAUAGACAACUAACUAACUCACUCUCUCUAAAUAUAUAUAUACAUAUAUGUAUAUAUACACACAGGCAUAUAAAAAUUAGAGACCUGUGGUUCUCUUUCCUCUCCUAAUGAACUUCGAUGGACAGUUUUCAACAUCUGUUUCUGGGGCCUGCUAUCCAGAAUUCAACAAUAUGCAAACUUUGCAUAUAAAUCACAGAGCAAUAAAUAGGCAAAUAUAAACACCAAUUUUUCUCUAUAUGUGACAGGAAACUACAAAGCAUGAAGACCAAUGUUUGUGAGUAGACCCAUUCAUUAAUCAUCCACUGUAUGCUGUGCACUGAAUAAAAUAGAUAUAGUCUGUCAGGAAAUCUUACAGUCUAAGGUACCAAUUCUCCAUGCAAGUGGACACUUACACCUGUAUGUAUCUGAAUGCAGAAUCCAGGACUAAAAGAUAAAAGGAAGGAGAUGUGCUGCAAUGGGAAUCCCAAAGAAAAGCUUAACUUUGAAAAUGUCAAUAUUUUUAAAUCACUUCUAGUACACCUUACAGAAAAUAAUCAGUCUUACAAAGAAAUGGAGCGUAGGUAGGAAAAUUGACUGGCAACUCUAACCUACUCUGUUUUUUUAAUGAAAUACAUAAUUACACGAGCAUUUCAAUGUGCAGCUUAUUCUUUAAGCUAAUGUACAUGCUGCUGCUAUAGUAACUAUUCACGAUCACAUUAUGCUUCAUUUUUAAGAGCUCUCGAAUAGGAAUCCAUAAUAAAUAUUGCAACACUAAAAUUAAACUGGCAAAGAUAAACAUUAAAAUACCAUCUGCUUUCUGAGAUUAAACAUUGUACACCUAUUCAGUAACUGAAUCGAGAGACUGAUUUACUAGAUGUUUUAAGUGUGGUAUUUUAAACUAUAGUGUAUCAUGGUUUUACUCCCAUAAUACAUUAAAGCAGAUCUUACACAUACCAUUAGUAUUUCCCCCUCAGUUUUUAUUCUGAAUCAAAGGUAUACAUUAAUAGUGCAAAUGAAUCUCUGAGCAGUGCAGUGUAAGUUACAAUUCUUGUUAAAAAUUAGUAAAGGUUCAGAUAGUGAUAAAAUCACUGUCAGCAAAACUGAAAAAUAUAAAAGGGAUCAGAUCUGAGGAAUAUAUUGGAAACUGAGUAUAUGACUUGAGAAAAAUAUUCACACAUGAAUGUCUAGGACUGCUCAAGACUUCAAGAGCGAAGAGAAUUACAGUGUUCAAAGAUCUGGAAGAGGGCAGUAUACUGUACAGUACAUUCCAAAAUAAGAAUGAUUACAAGCCUUUAUUCCAGUGGUAUCUCAUUAUGUAUCAUUUAAAGAAAUUACAUAGAAGGGAAAAUUAUGUAGUCUGAAGACUUUGUGGACACAGCAGUACCUUUCAAAGCUGGUGAGCCUGCUUCAAAAUGUAGUUGUGGGUAGGUGUUCUGCUCACAAAGGGGCCAGUCUGUGGCACAUUGUGUGCUACAUGAGGGAAUAUGGCAACCUGUUUACUCCCUUGCACCAGCUUCCUGGAUCAUAGGUAGCAGCACAGAGGAGCCUUUGCAGGGCUGCCUCAUCUCCAUGUCAUUGAGCAGGACUGGGCACAACAGGAGAGGGACAAUAGGAUGGGGUAGGGACUACCAAUCUUCAGUGUGCAGGCUACCAUAGCCCUAAUACUAGGUACUUCCUCUGUGGAUGAAAGGGAAACUAGGAGGCAGACUGUGACAGAGUCAUCAUGUGUCUGUUGGGUUAUUCCUGGGACAGCAUAAUCAUGCACUGCCCCUUGACUGUGGCAAACCCACAAAUGAGUCCAAAAAAAUUACUAAAGUUGAGCAACUUGCCCUCUCUUGCCAUCCUAGUGCCCAACAUCCUGAUUUUCUUGUUUAUUUAUUUAAGAAUCAAGGGCCAAGCAGUUUUAAGAAGGAACAAACACUUCGGGGGGGAGCGGGGGGGGGGGAAUAGUGUUAAAGGAGUAAGGACAGAAAUUAGGAUAAAAAGGAAGGAAGAUCAAAGGGGACAGAUAAAUAAAUGAAUACCUUAAUCUUACAACAAUAAUCAGACCCUCCCUGAAAUAAUCAUAUUCCCUCUAGUAACUAAUUAUAAUCAAUAUCCCUCAAAAAUAAUAUAAAGGGCAGUGGGGGUACACGACCAGUGUCUACCUACCAGUCUCAGGCAGAUGGAAUGUACACACUGCCCUAUGCAUUGGAGCACUUUUGGAAUGACCAAAGGAAGGUGAACUUGAAGUUACAGGGAAGUUGCAGGCCUGACCUUUGUUAGGAGCACUGUGGUGCUGACAUACCCUUUCUGCUCCAUGUAAGCCUUUGCUUGGCUCUGUAUACACAGACCAGCUCUUAACUCACCUCAGGGGCCUUUAUUAACUAGCUUUGAGAAGUGCACACAUUAUUCACAAUUGUGGCAUCCCAUUGUGAGGCAGGCAGAUCACUCACUGGGUUGAGCAAGUCCUUGUAUUGAUCAAUUCUUAGUCUUCCCUCAGCUCCCAGUACAAGGGAGGCUAGAGUCUCCUCUCCCUCUGAACAGGGAGCUUGGUUGUGUCUCUACCCAAGGCUUUAAGUAGCCAAUUGAUUUCAGGAACAGGUAGUUAAGGGGGGACAGACACUCCCUAAGAAGCUGGAGGCUUUUGGUCAACUGGUUCAUUUGGAGAAGAGGCAAAUGGAGUUCUCCCUCCAACUCUGUAGAGAGCAACUGAGGGGCUGAUUCUCCUGUUGCUGGAAGCUGACCCCUUGGCCCCAACUCUCUUGCUUUAAAUAUUCUGCCUCUCUGGUCAGUACAGACUUUUCAGGGCCUGCAUUUGCUUAUCCUGGUAUGUCCAUCUGUCCUUUGGCCCAGUAACGUCUCUUCAUUCAAGCCUCUCAAGGGUAAGACAGCAAUCCAAAAAGUGAGUCAAAAGAAAUUUUAUGCAGCAGAGCUACAAUUUUGUGUUUUUCUCUAUGAAAAAAACAAAAAAAGUUACACACACAAAAAAUGAACACCACCAAUCAUUGUCUUAAUGUCUUGUAAUCUCUACAUUUGUAUGUUAUCAACCAAGUACUAUGUAAAAAAUCCCAAAACACUUCUUAUCAUUGGUAUGGUGUCUUCCUUCACCACAUACUUAUUCUAAAACUAAGGUUGCAUAUCUAGGAAGGGGGAGGGUUAGCUCAGUGGUUUGAGCAUUGGCCUGCUAAACCUAGGGUUGUAAACUCAAUCCCUGAGGGGGCCAUUUAGGGAUCUGGGGCAAAAAUCUGUCUGGGGAUUAGUCCUGCUUUGAGCAGGGGGUUGGACUUGAUGACUUCAUGAGGUCCCUUCCAACCCUGAUAUUCCAUGAUGUUUCUCUUGUAACUUUUUAAGAAAUCAAAGUAUUUGUUAAAACAAAACACAAAAGCAAAUAUGUUGGCUUCCAUAAAUAAAUUAUUUAAUCUCCUUU